AUGAUUUUUGACCACAAUACAAUUUUUGAUAUAUUUAUUGAGGACGACAAUAACAAUUUAAUUUAUGGUGAAGACUGUCUUUGUCAACCUAUAGAGCUUAAUCAAAAAAGCAAAAGCAGUGAAUAUCAACAAGAAGCUCCUGUAACAAUAGUAGUUCCUAUAGUUAAAACACCGGAUGGUAUAAAAUAUAAUAAAUAUGUUACUUAG